CGCUUCUCCUGUCAUCACACAUUGCUUGUCUCUCGCCCUCGACGCACCAUUCACCGCACGAUUCACAGACACAUUCCAAGACAACCAAAAUGUUCAGCUUCGCUCGUCGCCUUCUCCAGCCCUUUCGGCUGAAACGAGAAGCAGCUUCUUCCGCUGGCCAAGGCUUCGAGAGACCGCCGACCGUCGCCUGGCUCUUGGCUCACCGAGCCGAAUGCUCAGGAGAACGAGCCCGGACAAAGGGCGCUACGCCUACAGCAUCCUUGUACCGCAUGUAUGAGUACCUGGUUCUCGGGUACAUCACCGGUUUGCGAACAGAGAUCGAGUACUUUUUUAAUCAGCCAUCAUGGGCCGUCUCGGCGAUUCCGGAUCCCGAGGACCCCGACCCCGAGCGAUACGCCAUCCUUGCUGUCUUGCCGUACUACCUCGUCAUUGCAUUCAACCGCCUGAUAGAGCGCGGCUUGCCGCGGGGAAGUCCUGCGAUCAUUGCCGGGGAAGCAGUAGAGGAGGAACUGAGGGCUCGCGAGGUAGUCUUGGAGCAAGAACCACCUUGGGCUGCCAAGGUACCACCGCUGCCGAAUGCUUUGACUAUACCGGACGGAUCCAACAGGGAGCCCGAAGAGGAGACGAGGAGCAAGCGGUUCUUGGACAUGAACAUCAUUGUGGAGGAACCCCACGUGCUAUUCGUCUGAGGAGAAAUCUGGCAAGGCUUGCUGGCCCACUGGACGGCUGUGCGAUAGUGGUCUCAACUGUUCUUGUCUCAAUCAUCGUGGUCUUACCGUUGCACUCGACUGGCUAUCAAACAGACCCCGUCUUUGCUCGCUUGUUGCUGCCGUUGUUGUUGGUGCUUAACAUCCGGUGCGGGGCCA